UUUCUGGGUUCUAAUUACCUGUGACAACACAUGGAACAAAAUUCGACAUUCGUCAACUACAAAAAGCAAAUUGUGACAACACCAUCGUAGUGUGAGAGAGAACGUAACGAAGAACAGAAACAAGGAGAGAGCGGUGGAAAGGGACGAGUGCGGAUGGGAAGAGUGUGGGAUGGCACAAUCGCAACUUUUAUCUCCCUCGUCACUCGUAACAUGGUGGCCCCAUUGCCUAGCAUGAGCUCUCGAAUGUCAAGUUAGGGAAAGGAGUACUGACGACCUACUUGAGAGCGAAAGAUCAAAUGUUGACACAUAUAUGAUUGCUGAAUAAUGACUGCACCGUGUCUGCAUUGCCCAUGUCAAAAGCUGGAGUCAGAACAUACGUUUUGGACCUCUAGUGCUAUCUUCAUCAUUCUAGUUCCAAUCCCGUCUUACGUGUCGCCGUUAUCUUUGAUGACAUAAAACUCGCCAUUCACAUUUCUCACUCGCUCUCGUGCACCACGGUGUCGAGGCCAACUCAAUCAAGUAUUUAGCUAUUGUGUAAAUACAAUAAAUAAAUACAGGUCGGGUCACCUGUAUAGGAGCGGGUGGAGCGGCGUCUAGCAGUCUCAACAACAACACAACAUGGCUGCGUGUCCCACUGUCACUUUAUCCUCUGGUUACAAAAUGCCGGUACUUGGCUUCGGCACCUACAACAACUUCAUGAAUCACGAGGCGGUGGGUGAGUCGGUGAAGGCGGCUGUAGAUGCUGGGUAUCGCCACAUCGACACGGCCUACCUCUACCUCACUGAGCCCGCUGUGGGCAGAGCACUCCGCCAGAAGAUAGACGACGGUGUGGUGAAGCGUGACGACCUCUUCAUAUGUUCCAAGCUCUGGAGCGAUCGACAUGCAGAUGUGGAAGAAUCGGUGAUGGAAUCGCUGAAUGACCUGGGACUGAGCUACCUUGACCUCUACAUCAUACAUCAUCCUGUCUCCUUGAAGCGCCGUGAACGAAUUCAGAACCUCGAAGACGUGGCUGCAUCGGUUAGAACCAGGACACGUCGACCAUCUGGACACCUGGACAUGGAGAAACUGGUGGACAAGGGACUAGUUCGAAGCAUCGGCUUGUCGAAUUUUACCAUUCCUCAGAUCACUCGUAUCUUGAAAGACCCCGGUCUCCGCCAUAAGCCAGUAUAUCUGCAGGUUGAGGUCCAUCCUUACUUCAGAAACAGCGAGCUCGUGGACUUCUGCAAGCAGGAAGGAAUUGUUGUCACUGCCUACGCGCCUAUAGGACGAGCUGGCACUGACUACGGACUGGCUUCGACUGAGAAUGUCUUGCACGACCCUGUACUAAAUAAAAUUGGCGCAAAGUACAGGAAGACAACCUGCACAGGUGGCGCUGCGCUGGCAUAUACAGAGAGGUCUGACGGCGGUGGUCAAAAGUCUGACACCUGCUCACAUUCAGAAAUUAUCUUUGACUUCGAACUCACCUGUGAGGAUAUGGAGGCCAUAUCGGCACUGGACCGUGGAUUCCGUCUGGGUACAUUUGCAAUGUGGAAAAACUUUACCUGA